AUGCUCCAGUCCAGUAUUUCAGGUGCACAAGUCGCUGCGAGAGCCCACCACUGCGCAUCAGUCCUUAUAGGAGAGAGUGGAGAGACAGCGGCACCGCGCGUUUCCACUGGAUAUACUUUACUGCAAAGUGCUCAUAUACACUACUGGGGGAUUCAAAAGCGAGCGACGCGAUUGUCAAACACGCAGAAGGAGUUUUAUCGCUACCGCAGUAAAGGAUAUUUUCACUCGUGGGUUGGAUUAGUAACAAGUCUGGCCAUGAGAAGUUCCUAG